AUGACGGGCUCGGUCAAAGACAUGAUCCGCUCCGUCCGGAGCUGCAAGACGCCCGCGGAAGAGCGGGCGGUCAUUGCGCGCGAGUGUGCGGACAUCCGUAGCGCGCUGAGCAGCAGCUCGUCGUCGGAGCGGCGGAAGAACAUCGCCAAACUGCUGCUGAUACACCUCCUGGGCCACUCGACCAACUUCGGCCAGGUGGAGUGCAUAAAACUGGUCGCCUCCAACAAGUUCAUCGACAAGCGGAUGGGCUACCUCGCGCUGAGCCUGCUGCUCACCGAGGACACGGACGUGCUGACGCUGGCCAUCAACUCCAUCAAGAUGGACCUCAACGGCACCAACCCCUACGCCGCGGAGGCCGCGCUGACGGCGCUGUCGAACAUCGGCAGCCGGGAGAUGUUCCAGGAGCUGUUCUACGACCUGGAGCGGCUGAUGAAGUCGCCCGCGGUCAACGUGCGCAAGAAGGCGGUGGUGUGCGCGGCGCGCAUGCUCAGGAAGCUGGGACAGGCCAGCCUCAUACCAGGCCCGGAGGCGCUGGAGGUGGCCACCAACUACGUGCACGUGGUGCCAACGCUGCUCGGCGACCCUAACCACGGCGUGGUCACGGCGGCGCUCUCCAUUCUCUCGGUGCUGAUCGACUACUUCCCCCAGUGCUGCAACUUCCCCUCGAUAUACGAGCUGCUCGUCAAGACCCUGCACCUGCUCUGCAACGAGAGCACCGGGGGCUUCGGGAUGAUGUUCGGCGGCGGCAGGGAGUACGAGGUCAACGGGGUCAACGACCCGUUCCUCAAGGUGAAGCUGCUCGCGCUGAUCAGGCGCGUCUUCGCCAAGUCCCGCGACCAGGUCCCCGGCAACCAGCAGCUCUACGACAUCGUCGUGCAGGUCGUGAAAACGGCCACCAUCUCGAACAACGCGUCCAACUCGUUGCUCUACGAGUGCGUGCGGACCAUCUACAGCGAGGUCCACGACCCCAAGUUCAACCAGCUGGGCAAGGACGUGGUGGAGAAGUUCAUCUCCACCAACGACAACAACGUCAAGUACAUCGCGCUGGGCAUCCUGAACAACCUCGUUGACGUCUCGCUGACGGUCGGCGACAACUACUGGACGAUCAUCGUCCAGUCGCUCCGCCAGCCGGACAUAUCGAUCCGCCGCCGCGCCCUCGAGGUCGCGCUUAAGCUCCUCUCGCGGGAGACGCUGAAGCCGCUGAUGCAGCACCUGUACGACUUCCUGAUCGCCUCCAGCAACGACCUCAAGCGCGAGAGCAUAACGAAGAUCGCGGCCGCGCUGGAGCAACACGCGGAGUCCGACUUCCAACGACUAGAGAUCAUGGUCAAGAUCUUUUCAAUCGCCGGCAACUGCGUGCCGGACACCAUACUACACUCAUUUAUCGCAGCGGUGGGAGCCGCGACGGCUGACACGCAAAUCCGUAUCACGACCAAGCUUUACUACCUCCUCUCCAACAACCUGGGGCAGGACGCGCUGGUGCGUGCGGCGCUCUGGUGCUUCGGCGAGUACGCGCACAUGCUGCCUGAGCUGGAGAAGGUCGACGUGACGCCAACGUCCUCUGUGAGGCCGACAACGGACGCCCCUGCAGAGGUCAGCCAGCCCGUCAGUGACAACCUCAUCGACGUGUUCGACAGCUCCCCCGUGACCGAGCCGGUCAAGGUCGCCUCGGACCCGUUGGCGAUCGGUGAGGAGUGUGCCAGCACCGCGGCGAACAUAGCCUCGGCGGUGGAAGCGGUUGGGAAACAUGUGCUCACGUGCUCGGCGACGGCCACCGAGUCCUGCACCAACGGGGAGUACCUGCUCACGUGCGCCGCAUGGCUGGUCUGCCGGCUGCCCUCGCAGAGCGAACGGAUGGUCCGCCUGAUCCGCAAGUUCAAGAGGCACCCCAACACCGAGCUGCAGCAGCGGGCGUGCGAAAUGGACGUUAUCCGUGAGCUCGGCGCCCUGCCGGUGCUGCUGGGCAUCGGGGGCGGCAAGAUGCCGGACACGCUCUGCACGCCCGCCGCGGGGGCGGCCACCACGGCCUCGGAGCUGCUGCUGCCGCGCGAGGCGAUCCAGCCACGCGCCGCCAACGACGACCUGCUGGGCCUCACGGAGCUGCCGUCGCCCAAAACGCAAUCUAAGAACCAGCUGGAGACGCUGGACUUUUUAUCAUUCGAGUACAACACGAGCUCUGAGAAGACUACCAAGGCUAACGAUGAGUUCGGGCAGUUCGACCCGUUCUGA